AUGGCAGACAUGUCUCAGGGUGCUGUUGGGGGAGGUGGUGCGGCUGGUGCGAUCCGUCGACUGAAUCGCGAAUUGAAAGAAAUCAAUCAGAACCCAUCAAAGGUACUUAAUGUGAAUUUAGUAUAGUAUCUAUGUACUUCCUCGUGCUUUAAUAUUCUCAGUGCAGUGUUUGUUUUCUAUUGAUUUCUUUUCCUGUGAUGUCUGUCACACCGUUGCCUUGUCUUUGUCAUGCGAAUUGACGUAUACGAAGCCGGUUACCAAAAACAAAAAAACAGUUCUGGACGGCCGAACCUGCAAAUGACGAUUUGUUCGAGUGGCAUUUUACGCUCAAGGGUCCUGCAGGUACUUACCUGUUGAUUUGGAUUUUUCUACUGUUUUUUUGUGAAAGGAAAAGAAAGCUACUUGUGAAUUUCUUCUCGACGAGUUGCGUAAGCGUAGUUCGCUCCGGCUGCGGAGGUGUGAUGUACUUGAACUUGUAUUUUUGCUUGGAUUUUGCAUGAUCGCAAUAUUUCUUGAUUUGAAACGAAACCGAGGCUGCUGAAAUGGUAAUCGAGCAUUAAUUUUCGCUUUACUCUACAGGCAGCGACUUUGAGAAGGGAAUCUACCACGGCAGGAUAGUGCUCCCACUGAACUACCCCUUCGCGCCCCCAGCGAUCUACCUUUUGACCCCGAAUGGGCGGUUUCAGACGAACAAGAAGAUUUGCCUCUCCAUCUCCAAUUACCAUCCGGAGCUGUGGUAUGGAAGCGUCAGGUUUGAAAUAGACAAAGUUGAAAUGAUUUGUCAUGCAUAAAAUGCAAGGCAUAAAGUGCCUGUCUUGCCGGGAUGGCAAGUGAGGCCGAUCGUCAGCCUGUUUAGGGUUUGAAAUAGAGCUGCUAAAGUGGCAUGACCAGAGCAGUCGUCUGUGCCCAAAUAGCAUGACAAAUCGGAUUCCAGUGCUCGGAAAAUUUGCCAUGCACCGCUUAGAAAUAGGGCUUCCAACUGUUAUCGAUUUUAUGCAUCGCAAAUUAUUUCAACUUUGACGAUUUCAAUCCUGACGCUUCCAUAUGUGGCAACCCGCCUGGGGCCUGCGCACCAUGAUUGAAGCACUGCGGAGCUUUUUUCCCAGUCCGCCGGACGGCGCACUUGGUAUCGUAGUAAUUUUGUCGUGCUAAGUGUUCAUAUUUGAUGUGGAGGUCGUGGAGUGACAGUUACUUACACAUGAUCUCCAGUUCAGAACGAACAAUUCGAAUUUGCAUGGACGUUGGCCGCGACCAAUAAAAGCAAAACUACAAUUCCAAGCCACUCACAGCACGUCUUACACUACAACUACAAUACAGGUUAUCAAAAGAAAAAAGUUCGUCAUGAUCACUCAUGGGCAUUUUUGCAAUACAAGAAAUGCUUGUCAUGCGUAAAAGUGCAUCACAGUUAAACUUCAUACGGGAUUUCCCUUAGUGUUUCUGCAAUACAAGGAAAAGCUGCGAUGCUAAAAAAAUUUGUAAUGCAAAGCCUCCAAGUUAGUGACUAUGACAAACUUUUUUCUCUCCAUACAGGUGCUUUAAACUACCCGUCCGAGACUCGACGCAGAAUCGCGGAGAAGGAGACCCGGCAGUGGCGCUGCGAGGUGUGUUAUCGCAAGAAAAAACUGUUUCACUGUGAACUUGUGAUGCAGAAAACGAAACACCAAAGUGUUUGUCUUGCUACACCUGCAAGACGUUGGAUUGUCAAGCGUGUUUUCCCUUGGGAAGCGCGCAUGGAAAAUUUUCUGUGUCAUGUGUAACAAACUUGUGAUGCAAAACUUGCAAAAUCAUCACAGUGAAACAGUUUUUUCGUGGGAUAUGUGUGAGAAGACAAACGAGGAACUUCUGCCACUUUGCGACGAAGUGGAGGAGGAGCCAGUAGUGGCCGCAUCAAGUAGCUCCUCUACUUCUGCUUCGAGCCCGGAAAAAAAGGACGAGAAGGUGGAAUCGAAGCCUGCUGCGGAGAAGGAUAAGGAAACUGUGAACAAGGCAGAGGGGCGGGACGAAGAGGACAACAAGAAACCUGAAGGCGAAAAGCCAACAAGCGGCAUACCAGCUGACGGCAGUAAAAAGCCAGCAGCUCCUCCCGCCGCCGCGACGACCGCAACUGACCAAUCUACAACAGGCAGUUCGGAAGAGGCAGACGAGGCGACGAAAACGUCAACAUCGAAUGCGAAAACUGCGGCAUCAAAUCUGGUGCAUCCCAAAGCGACACCGACAGCAGCUACUACAACAGCCGCAAAUACAACUGGACAGAAUAAAGCCCCAGAGCCCGAUACGGACGACGAAUUUGUUAGUCCUGCCGACGACAACCGAAAUUCGCCGUACGGGGUGCAGUCCUCUCCCUUCGGCCCCUCGGUGUUUCCCGACCGGAAAGAGCUGAAGCAAGCACCUACAAGUAGUCCGAAGGCCGCCCUCUCGGCUCCCUCAACGACCUCCGGAGAAGUAGUACCCCCGAACAAAAGCGGCGGAAAGGAACAACCACCUGCUGGGUCGACGGCCCCUCCAGCACCUUCUGCCAGUAGUGCGCCCGCAGCGGCGACGAGGUCUACUACUUUCACACCGGGUCUUCCUUCUUCUUUCGCGAAGUCAAAACCCCAAGAAUCCAAGGCCGCGGCAUCAUCAGCAGGAGCUGCCCCAAAAGGUGCCGCAAUUACAUCUGCACCGAAUUAUAGUAGCUCUUCCUCGUCCUCCCAACUCGGAAAUAAAAGUAACAAACCCACCCCCGCCAGCAGCACGACGACCACAGGAGCUGCACCAGCUAGUACUUCUACUACACCAAAAGCGACAAUCAAGAACCCGAAAGUGGGCAUUUCCAAGAGCGGCCCACCACCCCUUUCCUCCAAAUACAUCCCCCCGACCGCGGCAGAAUUGGCGAAAAGGCACGGAGUCUCGGAAGAGAAGGCGGCGAAGGUCAAGAUGCCAACGGAGGAGGAAAUCGAAGAGAAACUGAAGGAAUACCGGGACUUUAUCAAGAGUCAGCGCGAUGAGCAAACCGCGGAAGAGGAGAAAAAGAAGAAGCAGCCGGUGGCCGCGCAAAGGAACAUUUUGAGGGAACUCUUGCCCGACAAAUCGCCCGUGUUGGUGUUGGACGGCAUUAUCUUGAGUGUGACGUGUUUGUUCGGGUAUUUGGCUUACCACUACGUGUCCAAUUUUCCGGGCGGGUACUGAGCUGAUUGGAAAAUUGAUAGUUGCUGAUGCAGAAGCGAAGAGCGGUCGUGACCCUGGAGAGCCGUGAUGUGUACUUACUUCUAGGGGAAGCGUAAAAAAUCCCGCUUUUGCGAGGAUCACACUUCUUACAGGCAUACGUAACUUGUCCGCCAUGAAUACUUUUGUAUACUGUGAAAUUUCGCAUUCGCAAGACGACGACGACAUUGUUUGAUUGUAAAUAUUCACCCCACGACGACACCUACAGCCACACGACUUUUUGAAACCCCCAUGUUUAUGUACCUUCCACCGAACCAAGUUCUUUUUGUGAGUCACAAAAUCAGCUCCAAAAAACCCAAGGAAGUAGUUUUUGCGUAGAAGACCUCAACGAAGACGCGUAAUUAUAUUCUGUUCAGCAGGACGCGAUAGAUGAUGA